CGCAAACAAGAGGAAUUAGAACGCAAAGCAGCUGAAUUGGCCAGGCGUGAAGCAGAACUAAGAAAUGCCCCUACAAUGGUGAUUAGAAGAAACAACUGGCCUCCUUUGCCUGAGAACUGGUGGUUCCAGCCUUGCUUCUACCAGGACAUCAACGUCGAAUACCCACCGAUUCCAGACGAUCGUGCGCCAUCUUUAUAUCUGUGGCUGUUUCACGCUUGCCUGAUGAUAGUGAAUGUUUUCGGUGGUCUGCUGCUGCUAGUGCAUCAUCAUGAUUUCGGCACCAUGACAGCUGGCAUCGUCUACACCAUCAUUUUCACACCCUUCUCCUACUUGUGCUGGUUUCGGCCUGCCUAUAAGGCUUUCAGAAACGAUAGCUCUUUCAACUUUAUGGUCUUCUUCUUCAUUUUCUUCAUCCAGUUCAUCAUCACAGUGAUUCAGACCCUUGGAAUGCCUGGAGGCGGAACCUGUGGCCUAGCAACAGCCAUAAUGACUGAUGGAGGGACUCCGAGCGGCAUUGUGAUUGGCCUGUUUCUGCUGGUCCUUGGUCUUGGAUUCGGCACUGCUGCUCUGCUCGACCUCCUUCUAUCACCAAGGUCAGUGCACCGCAUCUAUCGGUACGGCGCCAGCUUCGCUAAGGCUCAACAGGAGUUCACGUCUGAGUUCCUGCGCAACGAGCAUGUGCGGACGGCGGCUGGCUCUGCCAUGUCGUCUGCCGUCUCGUCGCAGUUCCAGCCGUCUGCCACCACCCCGCCCGCCCACAACUGCCCCGUACUAGGCGACAAAUGGUGCAUGCUAUACUCCACUCUACUAUAUCUACUUCUCUAUCUCUACCUUAUCAAUUCAACUCUUUAUCCAAAGUUACCUUCUAGUAGUCGCGCCCACUCAAUCACACGAGCAUUCGCGUGUUGUACUUUUUACAACACCCAAUUUCCAAGUGUUAUGUACUCUGUUUACUGUCAAAACA